UGUACGGAGAGUGUCAGCCUAGGGUAGUUUAAAUUUUAAAAUAAAUAAAAAACGUUAAAAAUAAUAAUUGUAAAUACUGCACAAACUGAUGUGGUACUCUUGAAAAAAAAAGGGCUACUAAGCAAAAGCCUUCAUUUAUGAAGUUGGCCCAUAAGAAAAAGAAACCACUCGACCAUAGAAAGACUCGAACUGGGGCUGCAAUGAACGUACUGAUGACAGAGAUAUGGAGGGUUUUGCGCUAGAACCACACACUAUCAAGAUUAGUGAAUUUUCAGUCUAUGUACCUAGUGUACAUUUUAAAGGUUGAGGGCGGAAAUGGUUUGUGCUUGGAACCUAGUUUUUUAAACGCGUUAGAAACCGUAAUUAAAUUACCAAUUAUUUAUUCGACUAAGUGUGAAAACGAUCCAAACACGAAAAAUCGCCAAAGUGGAGGGUAGAAAACACUCUGCAAAAGCUUAGGAAAACUUGAAAAAAAAAAGAGUUAAAAACAAAAAAGCAGAUCAAAAACAAUUUUGAAGUUAGGUGUUAAUACUCUUCCAUAUCAUGUAACACAAACGCAAACAAAAGAAGGGGUGGGCGUAAGAAAAGAUUUUAAGAUGUUGCGUUAUAUUCCUCUGAUCAAGGGUGUGCGGUUCGCCAUGAACCAAUACGUCUUUGAGACUGUCUGCCAAUAUAGAAUAUGCCAAGGUCCGUUUAAUUGUGCUAACAUCAGUAGGCCUUCGGUUCUCGCCAUUGUGCAUAAUGUCAGGGGAGAAACUAAUCCUUUUUACUAGGAUUUUAUCCAAGUGCGCACGUGUUUCACGUUCACGAUAUAGAACUCAGAAACAUAAUGCUUACAGUAAUAAGGUUUAUUUAAUGUAGGCCAGGUCAUUUAAUUGAGAAUUUAUGACAAUCCAUAAACCCCAACUAGAGCAAACUGUAGGUAGCUCAAUAUUACAAUCAUUAGCUUCAUUGUGUAAUAAGUGCAUAAGUGCACGCUAACCGACAUUUUAAAAAGAUGAGACGGCUAAUAUACGGUGAUGUAAUUGUAUUAAACAGAAUUAGGUAUAGUUGCACCCAUAAGCUUUAAAAACUAUGCUUAUAGAAUUAUGUAAACAGGAAAACUUUAUGCACCAUUUACGAAGUAGGUCAUUUAAUUGAUAUUCGCAUUCCACAAAUUCAAAUUUGAGCAAUAGGUAUUUUCAGGAUUAGGAGGCGGAUCUUGCCCAGGAUUAUUAUACUGUAUCUGUGCUUUUUUGGAGCCCAACAUGCUGGUUCAUAAUAAUAUAUGAGUAUUAUUUUAUGGCAUGUAAUGAUGACAAUGUCACAGCCUUAGAUAAUGUCUUCCAUAUUAAUGUACUUAAGUUUGGGAGAUUAUAAAAAUUGUUAUUAAAAAAGGGUUUUUUCCCUGACUUUUGCAGUGAUCUUUCUCUUUGUCAGUACUUGGCUAUCCUAAAUAUUGGUGGCGCAGACAUCAAUAAAAUCACGAUGCAACACAACACUAAACCACUUGAUCAGUGGUCGUGGGACUACAAUUUUUCGAAACCUCAAUUAUAAUUACUGUUGCUAGUAUAAAGAAUCAAGAAGGUCGGAAUCUAAGGAAAAUACUGAGUAUGAAUGGUGUUCCAAAGACUAAAAGACUUCUAGAUUAAUUUCUAUUUAGUGUUAACCUGACAAAAUUCGUCUUGGUGGAGAGCUCUAAAUUAUCAGUCAAAACCUACAAUGAAGAUUAUAAUUGCGAUCACCUUUGUGAUUAUGGCACCGAUGUGUCGCAGCGAGCAGGAACAGUGCUGCCGGGCCAUGGUGCGGCAAUGCUACCCGCGUCCUGAAUUAAACCCCGACCAGCUUAAGACUCUACGGACUCUUGCUGACGAGCUGGAAAAGCUACCAUGUGAUCAAAGAAUUGAACGAAUAUACAACACGACAGAAUCGCCUAUAACAUAUACGGAAGAACAAAUGGAAUAUCUUACCAUGCGCUAUGCUACUAGAUUUGAAGCGUCCCCUCCCGAGCAGACUGAGUGUUUUGAUAAUUCUUCAAGUGUGUCAAUGAGAAGACGAAGAGCAACGCCUGGUACACGUGUAUGCAGUACAAUUGUAGAUGCGUUUACAACGCCACAUCUUGCACUUGACAGACGCGGACAAAUUGUAUUAGUUCCCCAGGGAAUUGAUAGAGUUGACCGGAGAACUGGUGUACGGUUCAAAACGAACCAAUACGUCUUUGAGACUAUCUGCCAAUCUAGAACAUGCCUAGGUGUACCGUGUAAUUGUGCUACCAUCAGUAGGCCUUCGGCUAUCGCCAUUGUGCAUUAUAUACGAGGAGGAACCAGUUUGUUUAUCGAAGAUGUUAUCCAAGCGCGCACGUGUUACGCGUUCACGUAGAACUCUCAUUCUAUUACUCAAUUGUUUUCCUCGUAGUCUUAAGAGCUACAGAAACAUAGUGUUUACAGUACAGUAAUAGGGUUUAGUGGUGCUUAAAUAAUAGGGUUUAGUCAAGAUAUCUGACCCGGAUGGGCGGAAAUAUAUUAUUAUUGGGUGACGUAAUUGUAUUAAUGCAAUUAUAGGUAUUGUUACUUCCACGAACAUCCUUAAAAAAUAGGCUCUAUAGAAUCCCUUGUGUUUUUUGGAUAUUUUAUUAUGUACACAGAAUUUUAAUGUUUGAUCUAAUGCAUUUUAUCAUAUUUCUAGUUUUAUAGGUCUCAAUUUAAUUUUAAUGUUCUCAAUUAUGUAAUCUUUUUGUAUUCUCAUGUAAUUCAGCGUUAAUUUGAGAUUGAAUAAAACAUAUUGAACAUAUUGAACAAGAUAAAGUUAACGAUGCAGGCCUGGUUCAAUUUGAAGGCAAAUAGUUUUUUUUUAACUGUACCUACCGGUAUUUACCACAGUAAACCUACUUAAUACUGUUUCGAAAAUGUGAAUUAUUUUGUUUUAGACUCCUCUAUAUAAGUCUAUUAUUGGUUUUUAGAAACAGGAAUGGUAAUUAAUGUAAUGGUUAUUGUAAUGGUAAUGAGGCCUAAGGAUAUUAAUAAUAAUGAUGAUAAUAAUAUUAAUAACUGCAACAAUCAUAAUAACAAUAAUGAUAUUUGGAUUAAAUAAUGAUAACAAUAAUAAAUAAUAAUUGGUAUGUUUAAUUUACCAAUAUUCUUCUAAAACAAUGUUUUGUUAAAAAUUAUCGUUUAUUUAUUAAUUUAAGUACAAGAAAAUAAAUUAAAAAUUACAUUUAAGGUAGGAAUCAAUGUUGAAAUAUUUAUAUACAUAAGGUGAAAGGUCUACAUGGGGGGCAUUGUAGGCUAUAAAGCCUACAGUCGUGCAAAUGAAUAGUUU